AUGCGAUAUAUUCCAACUAGGCUUUGGGGCUUCAGCGGUCACGUACAAACAAUCCUUCACAGUAUCAUUGGAAGAGUGAAAUGUCCUUGGCCCAUAGGGGAGAGAGUUUUUCUCACAUUACAAGAUGGCACAACUGUUACUUAUGAUGUCUAUCAUCCAAUAGAUAAUAGUUUUCCAGAUGACAUCAGUAUAGCGAUUUGCCCUGGAAUAUGUAAUACCUCGGAAAGCAUUUACGUACGCACAUUCGUUCACUGGUCUCAAUAUCACGGUUACAGAUGCAUCGUUUUAAAUCACGUCGGAGUAUUGAAGAAUGUACCAGUUACAGCUCCCCGACUCUUUAGUUAUGGAAACACUGACGAUUAUGAAGCUAUGGUAAAAAAUAUUGCCUCAAAAUACCCAGAAACACGAAUUGUAUGUGUUGGUUUCAGUUUGGGUGGAAAUAUCAUCACUAAAUAUUUAGGAGAAAAGAAACAGAAACCAUCUAACGUAAUUGGUGGAAUUUCCAUUUGUCAAGGAUAUUGUGCUUUAGAAGGGACGAAAUAUUUACUCAACUGGCAAAACUUCAGAAGAUUCUAUUUAUAUGUGAUGACCGAGAACAUGAAGAACACGAUUUUGAGACACCGAAAAAUACUUCUAUCUGAUGAUGUGAAAAAACGUUAUAAUUUAAAUGAACACGAAAUCAUUUCUGCAGCGACACUACCCGAAUUAGAUGAAGCCUAUGGACGAAAAUUGAGCGAGUUCAAUACCAUAUCUGAAUACUAUAAAUGGAGUUCAAGUAGAUUUUAUUUGAAUGACAUAAAAGUUCCUAUGAUUUUCAUAAAUGCUUUGGAUGAUCCCAUUGUACCUUUGCCAUUAUUGGAACCUGUAAAAAAACUGGCAGCUGAAAAGAGUAACACUGCCUACAUAGAAGUUGCACACGGAGGACAUUUGGGCUUUUAUGAAGGGGGCCUCAUUUACCCGAAUCCAGUUACAUGGUUAGAUAGAACACUUGUUGCUCUAGUAGGCUGUUUGACUCUUAGUUCUGAUGAGUUAGCAUUGAAGUCUGGGAGUGACAUAAAAGUGUGACUGCAGUCUUCUUUUUCUUAUUUGGAUGCUAUCAAAAUUGUACGGAAGUUAAUACACGUUACUUGGUACAUAACUUAUAACAAACUAACAGGAGAUUCCGCACAAACCUCGACAUUUUGGCAACUAUAUUUUACUUGGAAAGAAUAAUUAAUGACUCUCAAUUUGAUUUUUGAAUGGAAUGAAGUUAUGAUUUUCAAGAGGAAACAACUCAUUUUUGUCAAUCCAAAACUUAAAACUAGGAGAAGUAGUAAAAACAGAAACGGUGUUAAUAGGUGUUUUUGAAUGUGUAGCAAAAUCAAAGUGAAUUAUAUAUAUAUAAAUGUAUUUAGUAAUGAGUGCUCUCAUUUCAUGCACUAUGUUAUAGUUGGGCUAACAUUUCACAGUUUCGACUGAUUUAAUACUAAUUUUUUUCCUAAACCGGUUAUCUAAUUUUCAGAUUCAUGUUUUCCCAAAGUUCUAAAUGUUCAAUUUUCUAUGAAGGUGAACUGUUUCACAUUUUGCUCAUUUUUUAUACACUCCCAAAAACCCAACUAUAUACAGCAUCUGCGUACUUAUUGUGAUACAUAAUAUAGUCAUUGUUGUAAUGCCAAAUAUUAUUUGAAUAUUUUAAUAUAAAUUUCGGGACCUA